CGUAUACCACAUAGCUCCUCAGAUCGUCGAACAGUAAAGCUGCUCUUUCCUUUUGUGUCCGUCCCGAUAUUUGUGAACGGCUGGAGUCCCAUCAAAAAAAUUUGAAAAAAAAGAAAGUGAAUAAAAAUCUUGGAUUUUCCCAAAAAAAAUCAAAAGUGCUUUAAGUUUAUCUCCAAACUCCUCAAAACAAAUCAAAGUGAUUUUCCUAAAGCAAUACAUCGAAGAUCUCCGCAAGAUAAUUGAGGAGAAAAUGUCGCUCAAUCCAAAUGGGUAUAAACUUUCCGAAAAGACGGGCAAAUUAACAGCAUUUGAGCUUUUGCCCACCACAGUUACAGCGGGCCCUGAGACUCGAGAAUUCCUGCUGAAGGUGAUUGAUGUUCUGUUGGAUUUCGUCAAGGCCACAAAUGAUCGCAAUGAGAAAGUCUUGGAUUUCCAUCAUCCCGAAGAUAUGAAACGCCUCUUGGACUUAGACAUACCAGAUCGGGCUGUGAAUCUACAGCAAUUGAUUGAAGACUGUGCCACCACGCUCAAGUACCAAGUGAAGACGGGUCAUCCCCAUUUCUUCAAUCAACUGUCAUGCGGUUUAGAUAUCAUCUCCAUGGCCGGUGAAUGGUUGACAGCCACUGCCAAUACGAACAUGUUCACCUAUGAAAUUGCUCCAGUUUUCAUACUCAUGGAAAAUGUGGUUCUCUCGAAAAUGCGUGAAAUCAUUGGCUGGCAAGGGGGAGAUUCUAUUUUGGCCCCCGGUGGCUCCAUUUCAAAUUUGUACGCCUUCUUGGCUGCCCGUCACAAAAUGUUCCCCGACUACAAAGAGCAUGGUGCGGCUGGUCUACCCGGUCAAUUGGUCAUGUUCACAUCUGACCAAUGCCAUUAUUCGAUAAAAUCCUGUGCCUCCGUCUGUGGUUUGGGUACUGAGAAUUGUGUUAUGGUGCCAUCGGACGAACGUGGCCGCAUGAUCACCACCGAAUUGGAACGAUUGAUUAUGCAACGCAAAGCCAAGGGACACAUACCAUUCUUUGUGAAUGCCACCGCAGGUACCACAGUGUUGGGUGCUUUCGAUAAUCUCAAUGAAAUUGCUGAUAUAUGCCAGAAAUACAAUUGCUGGAUGCAUGUUGAUGCUGCUUGGGGUGGUGGUCUUCUGCUGUCCCGAAGACAUCGUCAUCCCAGAUUUACAGGUGUUGAACGAGCUGAUUCGGUUACCUGGAAUCCACACAAAUUGAUGGGAGCCCUGCUGCAAUGCUCGACUAUACAUUUCAAAGAAGAUGGUCUUCUGAUCAGCUGUAAUCAAAUGUCAGCAGAAUAUCUGUUUAUGACAGACAAACAAUAUGACAUCAGCUAUGAUACCGGCGACAAAGUCAUUCAAUGUGGUCGUCACAAUGACAUCUUCAAAUUGUGGCUGCAAUGGCGCUCAAAGGGUACCGACGGUUUCGAACGUCAACAGGAUCGUUUAAUGGACUUGGCCCAAUACCAAGUGAGACGUAUUCAUGAACAAUCAGAUCGUUUCCAUUUGAUUAUGGAGCCCGAGUGUGUCAAUGUGUCAUUCUGGUAUAUACCAAAGAGACUGCGAGGUGUACCACAUGAUGCCAAUAAGGAAAAGGAAUUGGGCAAGAUUUGCCCCAUCAUCAAGGGACGCAUGAUGCAAAAGGGCAGCCUUAUGGUUGGCUACCAACCCGACGAUCGACGGCCCAACUUCUUCCGUUCGAUUAUCUCCUCCGCUGCCGUUACCGAGGCAGAUGUGGACUAUAUGUUGGAUGAAAUCCAUCGAUUGGGUGAUGAUUUGUAAAUUGAUAGAGUUUCACAAAAAAUCAAAAAAAAAUAUAUUUUUAAUUAUGUGUUGGAAAUUUAAGGGUCUCACUUGAUCAUCCAAGUUUCAUAAACAAUAUCAAUCAAUAGUAAGCAUAAAGAAAACCAAAGGACUCUAGUAAAUUUCAUAUGAUUUCUAACACAUAAAAUGGAAAAUUUAGUUUAAUUUGAAUUUAGACAAUUAUUAUACAUAUAUACUAUAUUGAAAGGAAAAUCUAUUCUUAAGUAAAAAAAAGAGAGUAAAAAGCAAAAAAAAAAAAAAACUACCAAAAUCAACCAAGAUAUAUCCUUAAGGUAAAAGCAUAUCAUUCAACAAACAAAACCAAGCCAUUAAACUACUAAAAGAAAAUAUCACUAUAGCCAGGGUCUACAAAGGAGAAAGGGUGAACUUAAGAAGGGGGUGGAUGAAGGAUGUUUUUCAUUAAAAAUAUGAAAGAAUAAUUGCAUGUUAUAUGAUAACAAUAUAUACCUUUGGACUUUACAAAACUCUUCAAUAGAUUUUGAUGUAUUUUAACACAUCAAUGUCUUAAACCAAUAGUGGAACGUUUUAACAGAGAUACCUACCAUUUUCUGACCUUAGGCGUUCCUUUGAACUUUAGAGAACUCUUCAAUACAUUGUAUUUUAACACAUCAAUGUACUUACCAAAUAUUGUAAAUUGUACGUGGAUGCUCUUUAAUAUAUACGGAGGCCACCGUAGCGAUCGGACAUGCUAACCUCUGUACUCAAUGAUAUGUGAGAAGUUUGUCCCUGUUUCUUAAUGGAAUGUUCAUGGGCAAAUAUGCAUUUUACACUUUAAUACAUUGUUUUAUAUU